UAACAAUGUGCUUGCUUCAUGAAGAGUUUGACAGACGGUCGAUUGACAUCAGCCCACGCUAUAGGCAGGUGAUACACAGAGCAAGCCGCUCUCUACCGGAGAUCACGUUAGACAGUCUAUCAAUUCCAAAUAAAAAGUGACGUGUGGGGGAAAGUUAAUUAAGUCCGAACAAUGGAACGUUCUAAACAGAAGCAACUAAAUCAAAGCGAAAUGCAAGUAACCGGUACGAACGAUGGUUCUGUAAACGGACAUUUUGAAGGGAUGGUGAAAAUCACGAACCGGCCCGGUGGACCUCAAGGGGUUCCCGGGGAUACGAAUUCUCAGACGUCUUCGGUGAUGGAGAGCUGGAAAGAAGAGCGCACUCGAAGUAUGGAAGACAAUGAAAUAAGCUUGCCACGUCUUGCCGCUGCAUAUACCACGAUUCUCAGAGGUCUGGGAGAAGAUCCUCAAAGACAGGGUCUCCUCAAAACUCCAUGGAGAGCUGCCACGGCUAUGCAGUUCUUCACCAAAGGCUAUCAGGAGAAAAUAAUUGAUGUGUUAAAUGAUGCCAUUUUCGACGAGGACCAUGACGAAAUGGUGAUAGUGAAGGACAUCGACAUGUUCUCCAUGUGCGAGCACCACCUCGUACCCAUCUUCGGCAGGGUGCACAUAGGCUACCUCCCCAACAAGAGAGUUCUGGGCCUCAGUAAACUGGCCAGGAUUGUUGAAAUUUACAGCAGGAGAUUACAAGUUCAGGAAAGGUUGACUAAACAAAUUGCAGUUGCUAUCACCGAGGCCUUGCAACCUGCUGGAGUCGGUGUCGUUGUAGAAGCCACUCACAUGUGUAUGGUCAUGAGAGGGGUGCAGAAGAUGAACAGCAAGACUGUGACCAGCACCAUGCUGGGCGUGUUCCGCGAGGACCCCAAAACACGGGAUGAGUUCCUCACCCUCAUCAGGAGCUGAGGGGUCCCACCGUGGAAACGGUCCCGCCUCUCCGUAUUCGACGUCCUGCCUAGCCCCUCUCCCUGGGAAACCGAUUGCGCUCGCUGUAGCCCACCAGUCACUGUAUUUGCCAUUGCCUAUGCCUCUCUUUCUCCUUGUUUAAAGUGUAAAACCCACUGGAAUAACUGUCUGUUCCAGAGCAUAUUCAUACGUGAGGUUGUCUAAAUUGUCCUUAGUGAGAAACAUCUUGUGGGUAGAAAUGGGUGAAGCAGUAAGUGGCCGGCUGUGUAACUUCACAGCCUUUGAUUUAAUUCUAAACGCACUUUCAAUAGUGAACGAAUCAUGCAUAUCUUCUUGAGUCUUCAUGGUACACAUACAGAAACCUCAUUUUAUAUGUAGUUUUUUCAGAUGUGAUGAUAAUGAAUAGAGACAAUUAGUGUCAAUUCAAAGGGUUUAUUUAAUUUAACUGAGAAGUGAAAAGCCAAAAAGAAUGACUUGUUCUUUGCUCUUGGACUUUUUAAACAGGAAAAUACUAGGUGAUUACUUAAACAAUUAUUAAUUACUGUAAUCACAAAAUACACCUAUUUAAUGGUUGCUUACAGGUGACAGAUUUUUAGUUUUAGCUUUUUAAUGUCCCCAUUGUUGUCAGAACUUAUGUAUAAAACAAAGUAGGUAAUGACUAGGAUUCAUUUAACCUACUUUACUGCACUACAUUCCUACGGUAAAGAUUUUGUUGCAAUUUUUUACAGAUAUUUAUCUACAAAGUGUUCAUUUGCAGCUUGUUUGCCACUGACCCAAAGUUUACUAAAUAUAAACUCACCGAAAAAGCACAGGGUGCUCUUUCACAUUUUAUCAGUGAAAUGUCCUUUAACACGAGGAUACAUACUCUCAUAUCGCACUCAAUAGUGUUAUAUCUAUUAUUUGCCAUUUCCAAACUUGAAGAUCUGUCAUGGUUUGAACACCAUAUUCCUGAAGUCAUUGGCUUUUCUGUUAAAGUGUGCAAGGUUUCAUACACUUUAGAUUUAACGUUUUAAGUAUUUUAAUGAUUUAUACCUAAUGAAUUACAAACACCGUAUUUUGCAUCCUAUUCACAAAACAAGAUGGCUUCCUGAAAGGGGACAUCUUGUAAAACAAUUGCCGUUACUAUAUGCUACAACUGUAUGGUGUUUGUGGGGGAAAAAAAGACCAAAGUAGUUUUUUGUUGUUAGGAAACCAUUGUAAAACAUUUAUACCAUUAACAAUGCUGCUGCGUAACUAUGUAAUUAUGAAAAAAUAUAAACAUAUGGUACAUUUGCACCAGUAUGGCUGAAUGUGAGUAAUUCAGCAUCGUUGCUUAGUGAUAAUUUACAAGUGAAACAAUGUGAACUUACAGAUGUGAAAAGAUGUUGCAUUUUCACCGGCACAUAGGCAUCUAUCGCCAGUGGAGUAGAAAUGAAGGUUCUCAAGGACAGGUGUCUGCAACACUGUCGUUUUAGACGAGAAAUGUGGUGAAAUGUUUGCGGUGUCAAACCCCUCUCUGUUAUAGUGUCGGACUGACGUGAUGAGUAAUCUUCAGUUACUGUAUUUCCCACAAAAAAGGUGUACUUACUUCAGCCUGUCAAAGGGAAAAGAGCCUGACAGAGCAGUGAUACGUUUGCCGUUUAAUAGUUUGUGGGUGUUUGUGUGUAAAUGUGUAAAUUGAGUGUUCCAUGGGGUGCUCAGGGACAGAACCCUAUAUAUUUUAGAGCUAACUCUGCCUUAAAUAGUUUGAUUCCAAACCAUAAAAUGAUAAUUCUAUCUUUUACUUAGGAACUAUUAGGAACUAUCACAGACCGAGUAACUUCUGUUCUAAUUUAUGUCAAGGAAGGGAAGAGAGGACUUUGGUAGCCUGAGAGGUCUUCUGUUAUGUGGCCUUUUUUAAAGGGGCGAAAAAGAAAGCCCUCUGCCCCCACCCCCCCACUCCCCCACUGUCCAAAAACAGCAAGGGGUUCUGUUAUUCCCACAAAUUUACUUUAUGGUAUAUAUUAUUAGAGUAUUAUUAUUUUAAGGAGAAAAAAAAACUAAAAUAAAAUCUUUAUGUGUGUAA